CACCGCGGUGCAGAGUCCAACCCUGGAGGCGGGAGGGCAAUGGACACUCGGCAGUUCUGCACCUGAGACACACAGGUGGGUGCUGGCGCAGCAAAGGCGGAUCCCACACUCUGGAGAGAUCCCCCUCCAUCGGGAGGACCCACGGGCGCUCAUGCACCUUCCCAGACCCAGUCGCAGCCCCUGGAGGGAAAUGGUCCUUGUGGUCAGUUUGCUGGCCUGUGGGGUCUGCCAGACCUCCGGCCAAAUCUCCAUCACCUCAUCCCCAACGAUCGAGGGCUUUAAUGCCUCCCUGGAGCUGCAGAACGUCCCCGAGGGCGUGCAGGAGUACAGCUGGCAUCGGGGCGAGAAGGACAGCGCGGACUCCAUGAUCGUCAGCUACUGCCCGCCCUUCAGUGCCUGGCAGCUGGGGCCCAUGUACAGCCUCCGGGAGACCGUGACCGCGGAAGGCCGCCUGGUGAUCAGGGACGCCCUGCGGAGCGACACGGGGAGCUACACGGUGCGGGUGGACCUGGGCAACGAGACCCAGAGAGCCACGGGCUGGCUGGAGGUUCAGGAGUGGGGGGACGACCCCGGCAUCUCGGCCAACACCACCUCCGUGGUGGAGUACGGGGACCCCAUGGCCGCCUUCUGCCACACCAACGUCACCGACGCCACCCGGAUCCGGUGGUACGUGAACUCCGAAGAGGCAUCCGGCAACGAGCGGGUGGCCAUCUCGCCCGACGGCAAGACCCUCCUCCUCCUCCAGCCCAGCCGCUUCGACGUUACCAUCCACUGCACCGUAACGAACGUCGUGGGGUUUGCUCAGAGAAGCGACUCCCUCUUUCUGAAGGUGGCCUAUGGACCGGACGGCGUGACUCUGAAGACCAGGCCCUCCAUGUUCAGCGGCGUCCUGCCCGCCGAGGUUGGCUCCGCGGUGCAGCUGGAGUGCAGCUCCACCUCCUCGCCGAGGCCCGAGUACCGCUGGGUCCACAACGGCUCCCUCCUGAGCUCGGCCCCAAGCCUCAGCUUCCCAAGCCUGACCUGGGAGCAGAUGGGCAGGUACAGGUGCAUCGCCGAGAGCCCUGUGACCCAGCUGAGGUUCUACAGGGACGUCCGGAUCCAGAGGCCCCGGACCAUCCCUGUGGGCGGGCCAGAGUUCUACCUCUCGGGGCCCUUGCUGGUGUUCUUCAUCGGGAUGACGGCCCUGGGCGGAGUCUACCUCUGUGGAGUCCUGAUCUACAUCCUCGUCACUCGUUUGUCCACCAGGAGAAGCCGGGCUAUAUAAGUGUCCACCUUAGACUUGGAGGAGGAGACCAGAUGAACAAGGAGCAAACGUGCUACUGAGGUCCCCACUUUUUUGAACCUGAAGCCACGGACCAUCAGACGUGCUGCAAAGAUGCCCCAGCUCAGCAUUGCCCAUGGAGACCCUCCAUGGCACCAGCACCAGCAUCGCUAUCAUCACUCCUGUCCCCAUUCAUGGGCACAGCCUUGGAGCGCCCAGCAGCCGGGGAUUGCUGAGACGGGGCACAGCGCGUGUUGAGCUAAUUUGCGACCCGGGAGGAACUGUGCUGGGGGAAAGGUGCCUACUAAGCAUGGGAAAACGCUCACACCCCGACAAGUUAGAAAUGCUUAAUCAUGCAAAGCAGCAUCUGACGGGGCCGCCGUUAUUUAAAAGCAUAGAUUAAUUUAUUGAGACAGAUAAAGUAUAUACAGCAUGUAUGUAGGGGUUUCCUCAUUUUGCGUGUAUGCACACAUGUAUACACACCUGUA